UGAGUGGGUUGGGUUGGUGCGCGUCGCUCGCAAUAGCAAAUUAGCAAAGCUUUGCCCUCUUCUCUUCUCAAGCCAAGGCGAAGGCGGCGGGUAUGGGUCGCGGCGGCGGGAUGGGGAACCCCGUCAACGUGGGCAUCGCCGUGCAGGCGGACUGGGAGAACCGCGAGUUCAUCUCCAACAUCUCCCUCAACGUCCGCCGACUCUUCGACUUCCUCCUCAGAUUCGAAGCUACCACGAAGAGCAAGCUGGCAUCUUUGAACGAGAAGCUGGACAUCCUAGAGAGGAAGCUGGAGGUGCUUGAAGUCCAAGUGAGCAGCGCGACGACCAAUCCUUCGGUAUUCAACUAGAAGACACGGUGGUGGGCUGCGUGAACGUGUACCAUGUACGUAUGUAAAGUAGGAGUGGCAUGUAAAACACUGCUGCUAGUAUCAUGUGUUUUGUAAAAUUGUAAAACACUUGUGCAUCGAAGUCAACGUGCAAGCAGCUUUGUGUUUGCGUGGAGGUAACUGACUACUACUGGACAGGGUGACUCGUGCGUGAUGGGUUUGCUGAGUUGUUAUGGCUAGGGGCCAACUGAUUGAUGCAUGAUGCUUGUUUGGAAGUUAAUAAUGCCCAGCCCUCGUUUCUUGCAAGA